AUGUCAUUGCAUUCCCAUUGCGAUACAACAAUAACCAGCCUGUCACAGAUAUCGUUGUUUUCAAGAGCCUUUCGCUCAAAAAUUUGGGUUAACAGGUCGACGACGAUGAGAUCAAUUGUCUCGAUUUUGUCAAUUCUGGGUUGUAGCUUAGUAAACGCGGGGUCGGAUGUUUUCAAGUCAGAACCUUAUGUUGCUUGUUCUUCUCAAGAACAUUGUCCUGAAGAGUGGCCAUGCUGCUCACAAUAUGGCCAGUGUGGGUACGGCCCUCUUUGCAUGGGGGGUUGCGAUCCUCGUUAUUCACAUAGCUAUGAAAGCUGUGCCGCUGUCCCCGCAAUGUACCCGCAAGCGAUUUCGGUAUAUGGAGCAUUGGGAGGUGUGUCGACUAAAACAGAUGGGGAUAAUUUGAACUAUUUGCCCAGAAUUGAUGUGGCGUUUGAAACACCUACAGAGAUAACUGCGCAAAACAAGCUUGACCACCUCGAUGACGAGCUAGACGAGCGGGGUUUUAUACACUACUCAAGAACUUCAGAUGCCAAUGUGGAUUUAGACAGCUACGACUUCACAUACAGCGGGUUCGUACAAGUAAACAGUUCCCUCGACAACUCCGCCCUAGUGCUAGGUAUGCCUCCCGAUACCACGGGAAGCCUCGUAUCCUCGUCAAAGUCAUUUUUAUACGGGAAGGUUGCAGUAAAAAUGAAGAUGGCAAGAGGAAAGGGUGUUGUUUCGGCCAUGGUGCUAAUGUCUGCGGUGAAAGACGAAAUUGACUUCGAGUUCCUGGGCGGGGAACUCGACAGUGCACAAUCCAAUUAUUAUCAUAGAGGUGAGCUGGUCCACACUCGCAUGCAAAAGUCACCAAUUUGGCCGAAUGGCUACGAAGAAUAUCACACAUAUGAGUUCGAUUGGGACGAAGAUCGGAUUCAGUGGUUGAUCGACGGAUCUAUUGUGCGCACACUUUACCGAGUGGACACUUACGACCCGGAAACAGGUAUCUACAAAUAUCCCUCCACGCCAAUGCGACUCGAACUUGCCAUAUGGCCUGGAGGCGUGGAGUCGAACCAUCCGGGAACAAUCAUGUGGGCCGGUGGAACUAUCGAUUGGACCAAUGCAAUCGAUAUUGUUCAAAAUGGCCAAUUUCAGCUGCUUGUCAAAAAUAUUCAGAUUACGCCGUAUGUGAAUGCAUUGGUCACAAUUGAAAGCCUUGGCGUGAACGGCAUAGGAUCUAGCGACGCUUUUGACUAUGUUUACGAUCCUGCGUGUGACGGGGGUAUGCAGGAUGGCUUUUCAGUAAAGCAGAAAAUUCACAAAAGACCAACCACUAAUGCAUCAACUUCACAGAAGUUUCACACCACUCUAGCGACUAGCACUGCCGCUAAAUCGCAAAACAAUGCCGUGACUACCGAUUUAACUGUCACCCGUCAUGAAAACCUCGCAGCUGGAUCUUACGGGCCCAACUGGUUCUCUAGAUUGCGUGAAUGGCUCAUUUGUCUGUAA